CAGGGAGGGCCGCGGAAACAGAGAGAAGUCUGUCUGUGUUACGCUUUGAAUUACUUCUAUCUAUCAGAAAUUGAAAUAGCCGCAACAAAGAAGCGGUUGUUGUGGACGAGGCGUGGUGUGUUUACAAGUCCUGAUGUCAGAUCCCUCUUCGCAUUUUUGCAGGUAGAUGACAAUGAGGGAGAAGGAAUUUCUCGCAGUCGUUUCUUUUUCCGUAACCUCCGAAUAAAGAGCGAAAUCAUGGCGGCCGCUGAUUUUCUCUUGUGGUGGAGUAAGCCGGGCGAGGAAUCGGGGCGGGCCAAACGCAUGGUGGAGCUCAGACGGCUGCAGAACGACCCGCAGAGCCCACGGCGCUGUCCAGUUGCUGCGCCACGGCAUCCUCGUCGCGGACAGAUAUCCAUCGACCGCGCAGCCAGCAGCGAUCUGUCGCGCGUCCGCUUUCUUGCCCGCCCGCGCGUGGGCCGCUGGGCGACCACGUCUAGAAAGCUCGCCCGGGCCGCGCGGCGUGGCAACACCGUCGCCGAUGUGGCAGCAUCACGGCAGCACGACCAGGCAAUCAGCUCCGGCCUGUGGAGGGGCCAGCCCGCUCGGUUUUUUUUCCGCGCGCGACCCCGGUUGCGCGCUCGUUUUCUCGUAGUGCCCGCAGGCGGACUGCAGGAUGUAUGAAGGCUGGCGCGUGUCAAGCGCCC